UCAAUAUAUUAAAUAAUAAUUGUUACUUUCAUAAUAACCCUGCAUUAAAAACGCAUUAACUUUAAAAAAAAAAUACCUCUGAAAACACCAAAUUUGUUCAACUCGUAAUUUCUCACCAAGAAGCUGAGGAAAACAAUUUAAACUAAUUAAACCCUAGUUAUUAUCGCCUGCGUCCAACCAGCGGCUAAAAAUUAUUUUUACGAACACGCUAAAUAAUAAAACGAUUUCUCAUAAACAUCGAGGCCAUCAUUUAGUUUUUUUUUCUUUGCUUCACUUUACUUCAGAGCAGCCAUCUUAUCUUUUCGUUCGCGUUAUAUGUCGGUAGCAGUUGAUUUAGUGCACAACCUACUUUCUUAAAAGGUUCUUAACGUUCGAAAGGGGAUAAAUUUAUGUUUGGUGGUCAGGCCAGCGGAAUUUCAAAAGAUGAUAAGAUUCAUAGUCAACAUUGUGAAAAAUUUAUAGCCGGUUGUUAAUGAUGCAAUAAAAUUGAUGGUUUGAACUUGAAGGAACAAAACGUUACUGAGAAGCAUUUGCAAAGAUGCAAGAGUUAUUACUUCCUAAGAUUGUGAACACGUUAUAGAAAACAGUAUUUAAAACUCACAAUGGGCUGCACGUUCGCUAAAGCGCAAAAGAACGGGAGUGUCCAGGAUCUUAAUCACGCUACAGAAGCUCCCGCCGCCCCUCCUCCCCAAGAUCCCCGGAUACCACUGACAGCCCGACAGAAAUUCAGCAUAUCCAAGUCUUGGAAAGCCAUUGCCAGAGCUAUGGAUACAACGGGAGUCGCCAUGUUUGUUAAAUUAUUCGAAGAGAAUGCAGAGCUUCUGGAACUGUUCGAGAAAUUCAAGCACCUGAAAUCUCGGCAAGAACAGGAAGAGAGCGAAGAACUGAAGGAGCACGCCGUGUCCGUCAUGAACUCUUUGGACGAGGGCAUCAACACGUUGGAAAAUGUUGACCAGUGCAUCGACUACUUGAGGAGCGUCGGAAAAAGGCACAGAAAGAUCAAUGGAUUCAAAAGCGAAUACUUCUGGAAAAUGGAAGCGCCAUUUCUAGCAGCAGUCAAAGAGACAUUAGACGACCGCUACACAGAAAAUAUGGAGAGCAUUUACAAAAUAACGAUACAUUUCAUUCUUCAAACAGUUAUCGAUGGUUUUGAAGGAAAUCCAUCUCAGAACAAUGUCUAAAAUACGCUUGGACAAUUAUUCUAUUUUCAAAAACGCAAGCUCCUAAUACCGUCCGCUGCGCCAUCUAUCAGACUAGAACGCAUCGGACUUUAAUAAUAUCUACAACCAUACAAGAUACUUACAAAUGAUUCGACAGAUUUUAAGAUGGAGAACUAUUUACAAGCAAAGUUUUCUGCAAAGCGAUUAAGAACAUUUAUACAAAGAUUGGUGAUUCCGGAACUCUGUUUUGAAUCAAUCGGAUUUGAUUCAAUAACUUAUGGUGGGUAAAACCGAACGCUAUUUUGGAGCAAAUUAGAUUCGACGCCUUUCAUUUUCAAUGUUAUUUUUCAUCCGUCAUUUUUGGAUGCUUAGAAAUAUAUAAGAUAUGUUUACGGUGUGAUAAUUUAUGGAUGUAUUUCUCUUAUGGUAUAUUGCGCCAAUUUAUUUUAGCCCAGCUACGACAUUGUUUAAUUUAUUUAGUUUUUAAAAAAAUAAACUGUGAAAUAUUUUUCGCGUUUUAAAGUCA